GCCGCGGCCCGCGACGGUUGACCGGGCGGCCGGUAGCUCUCGGGCUCGGGAGGUUGGCGAGGUUCCCCGGGCGGCAGGGCUGCGGCACGGCGCGGUUGGCCUGCGGUGGGCUGAGCCUGGGCUCCUGGGGCGGGUCGGGGUGCUACGGUUAUCCCGGUGCGCGGCCACCCGCCAUGCCGUCCCGGGUGGAAGACUACGAGGUGCUGCACAGCAUCGGCACCGGCUCCUAUGGCCGCUGCCAGAAGAUUCGGAGGAAGAGCGACGGCAAGAUACUGGUGUGGAAAGAACUUGACUAUGGCUCCAUGACGGAGGUGGAGAAGCAGAUGCUUGUGUCUGAGGUGAACUUGCUUCGGGAGCUGAAACAUCCAAACAUCGUCCGUUACUAUGAUCGUAUUAUCGACAGAACCAACACAACCUUGUACAUCGUGAUGGAAUACUGUGAAGGAGGGGACCUGGCCAGUGUCAUUACAAAGGGGACCAAGGAAAGACAGUACUUAGAGGAAGAGUUUGUCCUUCGAGUGCUGACUCAGUUGACCCUGGCCCUGAAAGAGUGUCACAGAAGGAGUGAUGGCGGCCGUACUGUGCUUCAUCGGGAUCUGAAGCCGGCCAAUGUCUUCCUGGACAGCAGACACAACGUCAAGCUUGGGGACUUCGGACUAGCGAGAAUAUUAAACCACGACACGAGUUUUGCAAAAACAUUUGUUGGCACACCUUAUUACAUGUCUCCUGAGCAAAUGAGCUGCUUGUCCUAUAAUGAGAAGUCGGACAUCUGGUCGCUGGGUUGCCUGCUGUAUGAACUGUGUGCAUUAAUGCCUCCAUUUACAGCUUUCAACCAGAAAGAGUUAGCUGCGAAAAUCAGAGAAGGGAGAUUCAGGCGAAUCCCCUACCGCUACUCUGACGGGUUAAAUGACAUCAUCACCCGGAUGCUGAAUUUGAAGGAUUACCACCGACCGUCCGUGGAAGAAAUCCUGGACAGCCCUUUGAUAGCAGACUUGGUUGCGGAAGAGCAAAGGAGACAUCUGGAGAGGAGGGGCCAGCGCUUGGGCGAGCCUUCCAAGCCGCAGGCCUCCAGCCCUGUGCUGAGUGAGCUCAAGCUGAAGGAGAUGCAGCUGCAGGACCGAGAGCGUGCACUCAGAGCUCGAGAGGACAGUCUGGAGCAGAAGGAACGUGAACUUUGUAUUCGAGAGAGACUAGCGGAGGACAAACUGGCCAGAGCCGAGAGUCUGGUGAAGAACUACAGCUUGCUGAAGGAGCAGAGGUUCCUGUGUCUGGCUAGUGGCCCAGAACUUGAUCUUCCAUCAUCAAUAAUGAGGAAGAAGGUUCAUUUCCGUGGGGAAAGCAAAGAGAAUGCCUCAAGGAGUGAGAAUUCCGAGAGCCAGCUUGCCAAGUCCAAGUGCAAGGACCUGAAGAAGAGGCUUCAUGCUGCCCAGCUGCGGGCUCAAGCCCUGUCAGAUAUUGAAAAAAACUACCAACUAAAGAGCAGGCAGAUCCUGGGCAUGCGCUAGGCCAG